AUGGCUGACGGCAUCGCUCCAGCUGUUGACAAAGUUGGCGCGCCUGAGCCUACAGCCCCCGAGGCCCAAGCUGGGGCUCCGACUUUGGAGACAGCCAAGCCAGAAGCCUCUGAGAAUCCUCCAGCCCCAGCUGAACCUGCCAAAGAGCCUCCGAUCAUUGCUGAGACUAAAGCACCUGAAGUGGCGAAGCCGGCAGAGCCCUUCAACAUUGUUGAUGCUUUCAAAGUGGCUCAUCAAAUUCCACGACCCGUUGAGGUCCAAUCUGUCCCUGAGACACCCGUCAACCAAUCGGUGAAUGGAUCACCAAAGCCAGAGCUAAAUAUCCCCAUGGAGACAGACGAGCCUCCAAAGCCACAAGAAGAGCCCGUGAUAAUCACUAGUGUUCAAGAGCCGCUGCCGACUCCUGCAGCGUCUAUCCCGAAUAGCGAUAUUGGGCCUGACUCCAUUAUUGAUAAACCUGUGACUCCAAAUGGCGAGUCGAAGACGGCCGAGAUGGCGGGCGCUCUUCAAUCUGGCAAUGACGAUGACAAGUCCGAUGUAUCAGAGAUAAUCAUUGGAGAGAAACGCAAAUUAGCCGAGGUCCCAGCGGAUGCUCCUGCUGCUUCAUCAGCGGCUGCCGAGAAAGAGGACUCUGACGAGAGCGAGCCGGCAGAUAAAAAAGCAAAGAUUGACAAUGGUGAGGCGAGCACCAAUGGCGGAGCUCCGAGGAAGCCGGGUCGUCCUAAGAAGAACAACAAGGAAAAGAAGACAGCUCCUCCGGCAGUGGGGAAGACGGCGCGCAAGACUCGGAGUCAGGGGCCAGUGGAGGUCUGA